UUUACCUGUGAUGUGAGGUGAACAAGACACGGCUCAGCAGCUAGCAACUUGAACGUUCUCCAAGUCUACCAGUUAUCGUGGAACUGUUGCCUUGACGACACGACGUUGUACAUUGAGAUUAUUUUUAUUUUUUAAUUCAAAAAAAAAAAUAUUUAUAAAUAAAAAAAAAAAAAAACGCGGGCGCGCGUAAUUAUUCCGGUUUGAAAAAAAAAAAAAUUAUUUAUCUUGUAAUUGUUAUAAACAAUAGUACAACACGUGUAUUUUCAUUGAAAAAUUAAUUUUUUAUUUUUGAAUUUAAACAUAAAGAAAAAAAUAUUUAAAAUAUUGUGAAUUUUGGAGUAAAAAAAUAAAAUUAAACUUUUUAAAUAGUGUCAGUUUGUUGUUGAUAUUAAUUAUUAUAUUUUCAAAUAUUUUGGUGAUUGUGUUAUGACAUACUGUGAUAUAGUUAAAUUAUAAAAAAAAAAAAAAAAUUUAUUUAUUUUUUUUUUUUUAGUGUUUUUAUUUAUUAUUGUGUACUAAAAAAAAUUAUGACAAAUAAUAUUAAUAAUUUUAUUGUUAAAAAAUUAUAUAAUUAUUUAAUAAUUUGAGUGUGUGUUUAUUUUUCAAAUAAUAAUAAUAAUACAAUGUGUCACGUGCUGCAUAAUAAAGUGUCAAAAGACUGAGAGAUAAAAAUAUUGAUAAAGAAGAAAACAAGCAAUCUAAUCUUUAAAAGGAUUAUAAUUUUUACAAUAAAUAAAGAAAAUAAUAAAUAUACAAAAAAAAAAGAAAAAGGACAGAUAAAAGUUUUAAAAUUAUUUGAAAAAGAAACAAAAACAAAAAUAGAUAAACAUAAAUAAAAAAAAUAAAUUAAAAGAAAACAAAUAAAUAAAUAAUUUAUAUAUAAAUAUAAAAGGAUAAUUUGGUAGUGAUUGAAUGGUUCCACUUGAGACUACGGUGAUAAGGUCAAUCUGGGAUUUUCCAGAUCCGGAACAGCGAGGCUUUUACGACUCGCCGCCCCCCCGGAUGGACGUAAGCGUGUGCUGCUUGCAGCCCAGCGUCGGCUCGGGGGUCCAGCACCCUCAAUCACAACAACUACCAACUACCCAUCAUACUCAUCCUCAUCAUCAUCAUAAUAAUAAUCUUACAAAUCAUCAUAACAAUAUAAAUACCAACAACAACAACAACAACGCCAAUAACAACAAUUUACAUCAUCUUAAUAAUCAUAUUAAUAAUAAUACAAAUAAUCAUCAUAUUAAUAAUCAUCAUUUGGGUGUUUUAACAACAACAACAACUGGACAACCUACUGUACAAUCACCCUAUCAAUAUGCUGAUCAAAUAGUACCAGAUCGAGGUCAACCUGAUGGACUUGCAUUGGUUAAUACUGGACAGGAUGCAUGGCAGACUAAUUCAUUGGGUGGUACAACUGGUAUUGCCACAACUACAACAGCAUACAUUGAUUAUUCAUGGCUACAGAUGCAGACAUCGGAUUUGGAUAGUCUAUUAUGUCACCGUGAUUUGGAACAAUUACAAAAAUUGGAUGAUGAUGAUCAAGAUAAAAUAUCACGUGAUCAAUUACAAAUUGAUGAUUUUUUUGAAACAAGUGGACCAGCAGCAUGUAGACCACAAGCAAGUUUUGUAUCAAAUAGAUCUCAACCAUCAAGUUCAGAUGAUGAUGUAUUUCUUAGACCACCAUUAUGGGAAGAUAUUACAUCAAGUAUACAAAAACUUGAUCCAGAAAAUGCUGAUAUGCUUGGAUCACAAACAACAACAACAACACCAACAACAUCAGCUGGUACACCAACAACACCAACAACAACAACUGGUACAACAACAUCAACAACAAAUACAAAUAUAUUAUCACAUGUUAAAAUUGAGACUGAGGAUAUACAAUCACCAGUAUUAUCACCUGUUGAUAUUAAAAGUGAAGCAUUAUCACAACAACACCAGCAACAACAACAACAACAACAACAACCAACACUUCAUUUACUUGAAGGACGUCAAAAUAAUAAUGUGACAAAUUAUCAAAGAAAUGAACGUAAAUUAUACAAUAAUAGUAAUAAUAAUAAUGUUAAUAUAAAUAAUAAUAAUAGUAGUAUUAAUAACAAUAAUAAUAAUUGUAGUAAUAACAACAACAACAACAACACCAUCAACAAUAAUAAUAAUAGUAAUAGUCAAAAUAAUAAUAGUAAUAAUAAUGAUACAAAUAGUAAUAAUAAUGAUACACAAAAUCAUCAUAUACAUCAAAAUAGUAAUGCAACAUCACCAAUAUAUGGAUCAAUGACAAGGCUUAUGUAUGUAUCACCAUUAACACCACCAAUAUCUGAUCCUGGAUCACCAAUUAAUGGACCACCAAGACGUACACCACCACCACCAUAUCCGCAACCAUCAAUUAUUAAUCAAUCACAUCGUAUACAAACUUCAUCAAUUACCAAAUUUAAUCGUAGAAAUAAUCCAGAAUUAGAAAAACGUAGAGUUCAUCAUUGUGAUUUUAUUGGAUGUACUAAGGUUUACACUAAAAGUUCACACCUCAAGGCUCAUCAACGAAUCCACACAGGAGAAAAGCCAUAUCAAUGUCAAUGGCCUGAGUGUGAAUGGAGAUUUGCCCGAAGCGACGAACUAACUCGUCAUUACCGUAAGCAUACAGGCGCUAAACCAUUCAAGUGUGCUGUAUGCGAAAGAUCAUUUGCCCGAAGCGAUCAUCUGGCGUUACAUAUGAAGCGUCAUUUACCUAAGCAACAUACCAAGUGACAUGUCAAUCGAUUAACAAUUUAUGGAAAUUAAUUAUAAAUAUUAUUAAAUUGUAAAACAAACAUUUUCCAUAUGAAAUAACAAAAAAUUAAAAUCAUCAUUGUAAUAUUUAAAAUAAGAAUAUUAAUUUAAAACUAUUUAAAUUUUUUUAAUAAUUCGUUAAAACAUAUUGUACUUAAAAGAUGAAAAUAAAAACUAGCAAAUUGAUAAUAGAUAAUUAAUUAUAUCUCAGAUAAAAUCAAAUGAAAAACAAUAUUUAAAAAUAUAAAAUAUAUUAAACCGCCUGCCAUGAACCGCGACUCUAGUUUUAAGUGAAUUUAUCAAUAAAUAUCCAAAGACUACAUUGCCGAAUGUCGUGGUAACGCAUUAAAGUACUUGAAAUAAUAAAAAAAAAAAUAUAUAUCUUAUAAUAAAAAUUAAAAAAUAAUUUUUGAGUACUCGAUGCGAAGGUCACAUUAUAAUAAUUCUCUGCACGCUGUAUACAUUAUUAGAAUAUAAAUUAAAUAAAAUUUAAAUAAACAGAAAAACGUAUAAAAAAAUAAAUAAAAUUUAAAAAUUUAAAAAAAAAUUAAACAAAUUGUAAUUAUUGUAUUUUCCUCGUUGGUAAAAUCGUCUCAUAGUUAAAAAAUUAAUUGACUAUUUAUUUUAUAAUUUGAUAAUUUUAUUCAAAUAUCAUUGAUAAUUGAUUGAAUUCAUAAAUGAGAAUUAAUUUAAGUGUAAAUUUAAAAUUACUAGUCGGAGCAGAUGUACAAAAAUGUACUUACAGCUAAUACUAGAUUUUAUUUAAUAAAUAUUCUGUUAAAUAGAAUGACAAAAUAAAUAAUAAAAUAAAUUUGCACUGUUUACAUUAAUUUAAAAAAAUAAAAAAAAGUUUUUGAAAAUUUAGAUAAUUAUUUGUUUUAGAAAAAUUAUAAUCAAAUAACUAAUUAAAUUUAAAAAACAAAAAUUGAACAAAUCACAUAUUAUAAAUGUAAUUAAAAUGAUUUAAAAAUUAUGUGUAUGCACUUCUGGCACUGAAACAAGGAGAGUUACUAGUUUGAUGAAAUAAAGUGAAUUAAAAAAAAUAAUCUAAUAAUAAUCCUUAUUAUUUAUAAUUAAUUUUUUUUAUUUAAACAUUUAUGAAAUUGACAAAAUAAAGUUAAACACUCAAUCACGUUGGAUUUGUUAAUAUAAUAAUUUUGCAAUUUUUUUUUGUAUCAAUUUUUAUAAAUUGCGUAUAAUAUAUGAAAAAAAAAAAAAAAAAAAAGGAUAAUUACCUAGAUGACACUGUGAAGCCUUAUUUUAUAAAAAAACUUAUAUUUGAAAAAAAAACGUAAAUAUUCCUUUUUUUUUUUUAGGUAUGAAGUAAUUUGAUGAUGAUUAUUCGCUUGAUGUCAAAGCAAUCAUUGUGAAGCGAACUUCACCUGGAUCUCUUGCCAUAUAUUCAGAGCAAACUUUUGUUGCAUUUUCCAGAAGUUUGUC